AUGGCUUCCAACUAUACCUACUCAUUCUUCCGGGUCUCCAAGACAGAUGGCAUCGACGUCUCCGCUCAGAAAUAUCGAGACCUACGCUUAAAGGCAUUGAAGACUUCACCCGAUUCAUUCUCAUCUACUUUCGAUAUCGAAGCGGCCUUCACCGACGCCGACUGGAUAGAUCGUCUCACUCUUCCCGAUCGAGAACUCUUCAUUUGUGUCGCAAAUCUUAAUCCGUUGUCUCCCAAUAGCACGCAAUGGAUCGGCCAGGUAACUCUGCGAGGUCCCUCAUCUAGGGCUGAUUUCGAGUUACCCAUGGAAGCUUGCCAGCCAGCACAAAAGUCCGACGAAGAGGAAGAGCGAUGGCAGAUGCUGAGCUUGUUUACGCUUCCGGAACAUCGCGGCCACGGACUUGGGGGCAAAUUGUGCCAGGAGGCUAUCAAUUAUCUCCGUUCAUACCGGUCAUUUCCUUGUGAAAUCCAAGUCCGACUCAUUGUUAAGGCGGGGAAUCACGUCACGGUGGAAUUGUACCGACGUCUUGGAUUUACGCACGCGGGGAGGGCGACUCUGGUUGAAGCUCUUAUCGCAAAUGGAGAUGAGGAUCUUCUUCCGAAAGAUCUGGCUUCGCCGAAGUAUUCGGAGAGAGGGGGGCUGAUUAUGAUAUCUCGCAUAUCGCGCUCAUGA